AUGUCCGGUGGAAGCGGUGUUCCUCUGUCGGAUCGGCUAAACACCAUCCUGACUGGCAGCUACGACCAACAUAUACACUUAUUCGAUUUGAGGCAAACUAAGGAGCCUUUGCGGAUCGAGGAGACAGCUGGAGGUGUUUGGUACAUAGAAGAUGUUCAAACACAUGAAAAUCGUCAUGUAGCUGCUUGCAUGUAUGGUGGAUGGGCAAUCCUUGAUGAAAAAUAUAACAUAUGACAAUCAGAUGAGAAAGCUGGGAAGGAACUUUUGUACGGUGUAACAAUGGCUAGCGAACAUUUGGUGGUUUAUACAACUUUCAACGACUAUAGGGUCACUGCCAGUACCAUAUGAUAUUUCUCGUUGUCUUUGAAUUACCUUUUCAUCCUUUUAUUUUUUAUUCUUUUCGUCUUUGCAUAGAUUAUGAAUCACAGAUAUACAGCCAAAUUCAGGCUAUGCCGAUUUUACAUUGGUUUUGAUAUGUACAACAAUAUCAUAAUACCCUGGAAGCAUUUCCAACAUGAGAUGAAUCUGUAAGUGC